AAAGAUUGCCGUUCUCUCCGCCUCUCAGAAUCUCUAUCUCCUUCGAACCAAAUCAAGCUUCUCUCUCUCUCUCUAACCAUAGCCCUAAAUUUGGCCAAAAAGAAAACCCCAUUUCUUCUCCUUAAACCCUUUUUUGUCACAGGAAUCUUUCUUACUCUCUCAGACCUUCCCCUCUCUCAACCAUGGCUUCCCAUUCCCCUAACCUUGAGUGUCGGAUGUACGAAGCCAAGUACCCGGAGGUAGACAUGGCCGUCAUGAUCCAGGUCAAGAACAUCGCCGACAUGGGCGCCUACGUCUCCCUCCUUGAGUACAACAACAUCGAGGGUAUGAUUCUCUUUUCCGAGCUCUCUCGCCGUCGUAUUCGUAGUGUUAGCAGUUUAAUUAAGGUUGGACGAAUCGAGCCUGUCAUGGUCCUCAGGGUCGACAAGGAGAAGGGCUAUAUUGAUUUGAGUAAGAGAAGGGUGUCUGAGGAGGAUAUUCAGGCCUGCGAGGAGAGGUAUAACAAGAGCAAGCUUGUUCACUCUAUAAUGCGCCAUGUUGCUGAGACUAUGAACCUUGAUUUGGAGGACUUGUAUGUCCAUGUUGGCUGGCCUUUGUACCGGAAAUAUGGUCACGGUUUUGAGGCAUUCAAGAUCGUUGUAACUGACCCUGACUCGGUGUUGAAUUCUCUUACCCGUGAAGUCAAGGAAGCUGGUCCCGACGGACAGGAGGUAACUAAGGUAGUUCCCGCAAUGUCUGAGGAUGUAAAAGAUGCACUAAUAAAGAAUAUUAGAAGAAGAAUGACUCCCCAACCCUUGAAGGUUCGGGCUGAUAUUGAAAUGAAGUGCUUCCAGUUUGAUGGCGUUCUUCACAUUAAGGAAGCAAUGCGGAAAGCUGAAGCUGUUGGAAACGAUGAUUGUCCUGUUAAAAUUAAAUUGGUUGCUCCUCCACUCUACGUCCUUACUACCCAGACACUUGACAAGGAGCAAGGAAUCACUGUUCUUGAGAAGGCGAUCAUUGCUUGCACCGAGGCAAUCGAGCAUCACAAGGGAAAGCUUGUGGUGAAGGAGGCACCUAGAGCGGUGAGUGAAAGAGAUGACAAAUUGCUUGCCGAGCACAUGGCGAAGCUACGACAAGACAACGAAGAAAUCAGCGGAGACGAGGAUAGCGAGGAAGAGGAAGACACGGGGAUGGGAGAAAUUGAUGUCGAGAAUGCAGGUUCCGGGAUCACCGAGUAAAGAUUGUUGCAGGAAUAUAGAGAAGAAGAAGGUUUUCAUAGUAAAUCUUUCCCCCUUGAGAGUUGAAGAUCUGAAGGUCUGUAGUUGCGAGAGCUAUUCUUGACACAAUUUUGGGAAACCCCUUUUUUGAGGUAAGACGCCUAUUCUUGAGUUGUUACAAUUGGGAAAAUUGGGAAGCCAUUAGUUUCAGAUAUUAUUUGAU